AUGCCAGCUGAGGCUACACCCUGCAGAAAGCGAUGGAUCAACACUGGAGAUCCAAUGACAAACAUCACGGAUGUUCCUGAAGGCUGGAGCUCUCACGAGUUAGAUCUACACAAAGACGAUGUGAAUAGCCAGAUCGCCCGGUGCCAUGAACGAAUCAGUGAUGCAAUUAUGCCCGGCAUCUUCCGCCACAGACUGGCGCAUUAUGAGCAGCGACGAAGGUAUGAGUAUUCACGAAGACAACAAAGACAUGCUUGGCUGACACCUAAAAGUGAGAUGAUUGCGUCCGAGCGAGCAGACCUGCCAUGGGCCACUGUUCAGCGACUAUGGUUUCUGAAACAGAUGAAGCACUCGCUGGAGCUCAACAGCGACCACGAUGGGCAGUUGCCUAAUGUCAAGGGCCUUAUAGAGGCCUAUCGGACUGGCAAGAAAUUUGAGAAGGGCAAACUGAGCUACUAG